UUGAGAAAGAGGCGAAGAGAGAUGACGCGAGGGUAAAGAAGUGAAAGCGGUUUGUCAGGUGACUAGUUGGCUCGGAUAAUUCAUGAAUUUAACAGUCGACAAAAGUAUGAUAUCUAGGUUGUUUGUACCAACAUUAUUGUCCGCGAAAAGUCCUGCACAAUAAACAAUUUCCCCCUGAAUUUGAGACUACUGAAACGGCUUUGAACGCAUCAUGUUUGACACCGUGACUGCGGGGGUGAUGAUUGCGCAAUACAAUGGCAGUGUAUUGCCUACCUCAGUGGAGAACACAUCAGCAACACCAACCUGGGGACCAGAGCCUCACAGAUGUUUGCAGGUCCUAUACGAGGACAUUGGCGAGUUAAGAGUGCGGUUUUGGGACCUCAUGCUGCUCAUUCCCAAUGUAAUCUUCUUCAUGUUCUUGAUGUGGAAACUGCCCUCAGCCAGGGCUAAAAUCACACUCUCCUCCAGCCCCAUCUUCAUUACCUUCUACAUUCUGGUUUUUGUGGUGGCAGCGGUGGGAAUCACCCGUGCUAUCGUGUCCAUGACCGUCAGUGCAUCAAGUUCUGCCACCAUCAUUGACAAGGUGCUGUGGGAGAUCAGCCGUUUCUUUCUGCUCACCAUGGAGCUCAGUGUUAUUAUCCUGGGACUGGCUUUUGGCCACCUUGAGAGUCAGUCCAGUAUAAAGCGUGUGCUGGCUAUCACUGCUGUACUGGCACUGGGCUACUCAAUCACACAGGGCACACUGGAGAUCGUGUACCCCGACCAGCACCUGUCUGCCGAGGACUUCAACAUCUACGGCCACGGAGGACGCCAGUUUUGGUUGGCCAGCUCUUGCUGCUUCUUCCUGGUCUACUCUUUGGUUAUCAUCCUUCCCAAAACCCCGGUGAGGGAGAGAAUAUCUCUGCCAUCUAAGAAGAGUUUUUAUGUGUACGCUGCCAUUCUGUCCCUGCUCAAUCUGGUCCAGGGGCUGGGCAGUGCCCUUCUGUGUGCCGGCAUCAUAGAGGGGCUCUGCUGCGUGGAUGUCACCACCUUCAUCUACUUCUCUGUGUUUGCCCCACUCAUCUAUGUCACCUUCCUCAAAGGCUUCUUCGGCUCAGAGCCCAAGGUCCUCUUCUCCUACAAGUGCCAGGUGGACGAGCCUGACGACCAGACGGAUGUCCACCUGCCCCCCGCCUCAGGCCUGGGCCACAAGGAGCAGCUGGAACGGGGCUCCUUCUACCCCGGCACCCAGAUAGAUGGCCUGACUGCUGCAACCAUGGGCACCGGCAUAGCUGCUUACCUGGACAAUGUGGCCUCUGGUCCUUUCGGGCCGGGCAGCAUAAACAGCGACCGCUGGAGAGCCAUCAACGCCUGAGAGGAGAGGAAAUGAGAAGGCUGGAUAGGGGAUGUUGGACUUGUUGAGUGGAGAAGUUGAAGUUUGCUAUGGCUCUCUCUCCCUCCGGAGACACUGUGAAUUGACUCAUUUCAGCCCCUGUCUGUUCUCCAUUUUGGAUCUUGCUGCCUUGUCCAUUCUGGCUCAAACAUUACAUUUUCCCCCAAUACCUGCAGGGGAUAUUUCUACAACUUCAGUCAAGUAUUUUCCCUCCUGUAAAUGCAUGUGUGGCUGACCAAGAUAAGAAGAUAAUGUAAAGGUAAUGUCCGAUACAUUUCCAUCGAAGGAUUACAACUGAGGUAUAGUCCAUUAACUGUGGCCUUGUAUUAGAUUUGUAAUCGUCUCGUAUUGAAAAACUGCCUCGCUCCCCGUAGGCCAGCCCUGUUUUUAUCGAGCUAGGAGCCUUCUCUAAAUUGCAUCACUCAUAAUGAAUCAAGUGUGCUUAAUUAUUUUUUUUAAAUGUUUGAUAUCAGUGCUCCCCCUCAAUUUUAUUGUUUGCUGUCGGUUUUAUUUAUUUUAGUGACUGCUUGGUUUUAUGUCGAUAGGUAGUUCCAUCAGCUGAUCAUUCCUGGUAUUAAAGGUGCUUAACUUUCCAACCACCAAUCAAAUGAGAUGGAGAAGGCAGGAACAGCACUUGUGGCGAAACAAUGUUUUUUUGUGGACAUUUUUAUUUCAAGAAACAUUUAUGCGCAAUAUACAUUGGAUUCAACCCAAAAGUGUGUUGUUGUUUUUUUACGAUGUAAAAUGUGUUUUCACUAUGAAAUUAUUGAUGAAGUCACCUUAUGGGGUUUCCCUUGUGUUCUUUAUAGUCAACCCUGAUUUCAUCACAAGAAAGAGCAACUUUUAAACAAAGUCCUUCUGCUUGAUCAUGAUGCUCAACGCAAACUAAAUACCAAUUUUCAUGAAGCCCUACUUCUCUUGCGUUAAUUCCUACUUCUAUGUCUGCUGUGAACUUAGUAGCCCACCACACAUGGCUUGCUGGGAAACCAAUUCUAUUGGUGCCUGAAAACGAUGUCAUUCCAGUUUGUGUGAAUUACGAUGUCACUUUUUUGAUUUUAGUUUUGUUUAUGCCCCUCUUGAUUUUGUCACUAUAUUCAUUUCGCCAAAAAUGAUUAUGUUUGCUAUGAUAAAAUGUGAAGUGGGUGAAGUUAUUCAUGUGACAUAGCAUCCAGUGGAGGCUAGUGAGGGGAGGAUGGCUCAUCAUAAUGGCUGGAACAGAGUAAAUGGAUUGGAGACCAUGUGUUUGAUGUAUUUUAUUCCAGUCAUUACCACAAGCCCGUUCUGCCCAAUUUAAGGUGUCACCAAUUUACUGUGAUAGCAUCACUACGUAAUAUAAGAGACAUUUAUUUUUUUCAUAAGCGUAAGCCACCACAAAACAAUCGUUUUAUAUUGUCAUUGUAGUAUUUUAUACAAGUCUUCUGCUUUGCUCUUCCCAAUACAUGCCCUGCAUCAACAAACUCUGUUGCUUGCUCUCAAACACUGCCUUAUAUUUCUAGAGAAAUGUCGGAAGAGUUGUGUUUGAGGUACGAAAUUAUACUAUACUCAAAUCAUCAUGAGUAAGGUCUCUGGGUGUGGGUUUCAAAUGCAAGUGCAGUCAUGUUAAAGACUGAAUAAAAUAUUUAAGAUGGUAAAUGAAAGAACUUUGAAAAAGAGUGAGGAUACGUGAUGCCAGAAAUUUGUGAAGAAUUUAUAGCUCAAUGAUCCACUAUUAAAAGAAAAGAACGGUGA